CGAUUUGCAAACGUUGAAUAGGCUCUCGUUCCAUUGCGCAAAAUUCAUCCAUUUUCAAUCGAAGCGAGGGGAGACAUCUUUUUCUCCCUUUGUGUCCCCUCCACCACCCACCACACUGUUCGUCAUCGUGUGGCGAUUUUCGUGGCAGGAACUGAGGACAGGAAGACCACCAGCAAGAAGUAAACUAUUUCGGGGGUUGGGGCCCUUUGGGAUGAGGAGUUAUUAUAGUGAGUGAGAGCAGCAGUGAGCAGUGUCGAAAGAUCGUGGUUUGUGUUGUUCCGCCACCCCCCGGGGAAGUAAAUUGUUGGUCCAAAAAAUGGAUCACCACAGUGGCAGUGGCGGUUGGCAGAAUCCACCGGAAACAGCUCUCGCUCCCCUGAGGACUCCCAAAGCGCUAGAUCUGUGGGUGAACGCCCCGGAAUUCGUCCCGAAAAAAACAGUACCCCCGCCACAUCAGCAGCCACAGCAACAGUACGGCAGCAGUAGCCAACAGCAGCAGCGCCACCAGCAGAAUCGCUUCCGAGGGGAUAACAACGGGACAGGGGGCGGAGGUGGUGGCGGCGGAGGGACUUUCAAUUUGACUUCUCAUUAUCCACCGCAAGACACCGUCGCCAAUGGUGCCCUCGUUAACGGAACUGACUUAGUCAAACCAUCCCUCAACGAUCGGAUAAGGAACAUCCAGCUAAGCACGUCGGGUCCCCAACCGCAAAUGGGUGGACAUAGCAACUUUAGUGAUAAUAAGGAUAUACGCAACUCAUCGCACUUUAACCACCACCAGCAGCAUUCGAACCAGCACUUUCCUCAACAUUCUCAGCAGCAACGUCUGCAGCAGCAUCUCCACCACCAGCAGCAACAGCAGCCGCAUCUCCCCCUACACCAGAGCGUUGGUAAUUCGGCCUUUCCAUUUGUGGGGUACUCGUCGACGGCGCUGAACAAUCAUCUGCACCAUCCGAUGCUUGGGGGCAUGGCGACAGUGGCCCACCAGGCCAGCGGGCCAGUCGGCGGUGGCAUGAUGCCUCAGCACGACAAUAGAAAUAAAAACAACAAUUCGUUCGUAAGGUCGAGGAUACAGAAUCCUCACAUGCAGUCACAUCACCACCAGUCGCAACAUCACCAGCAGCAUCCACAUCACCAACAGCAACAGCAUCAUCAGCAGCAUCACCACCAGCAGCAGCAACAGCAUAAUGAUUUUGGAGCUGAUGCCGAUUCCGAUCAGAUGUCGGAGAAUGAGAGUUACGCGCUGGAAUACCUAACUGAGGUGAUGGCAGAGCUGUACGACAAUCCUGGCAUGUUUGAAAACAUCCAACGAAAGUUCAAAGGAACUUUCUCCGAGUUCCGAAGUAGCAACUUCGUGCUAAGCAAUGCCGUGGAGUUCAUCUUUGAACAGUCGAUCAAGGAGCAAAACUUCCGCUACAUGGGGGCUCGUCUGUGUAAACUGCUGGACAGUCUGGACGAAGACCCGUCGAGCGUACUUCGACAGCUGUUAGGCAUGAAGAUGAAUCAUCAACAGUCGGAAUUGCUCAACUUUAUGACUCACGAGCAGGUCAAGGUGCGCGGUACGACACUCUUCCUGGCUGAACUGUAUAUGCAGCUGCGGAAACCGAAUGAUAUCAUGCGGAACGCUGAACUAGCAUUACGAAUCGUCGAGGCUGCCAAAGUACUUUUAGGUAAAGAAGGCCCGGAAAACAUCAAAUGUGUCUGCCAAUGCUUGAAGCUUUGCGGUUAUGAGCUGGAACGUGACUGUCACGACGAGCUGAUGGACAUCAUGCAAACGUUAGGACAACUUGAAGGUUCGACCGACAAUUCGACUGGUCGCUUUAUUCACUCGGUGCUGGAACUGCAACAGAAGUCCUGGGGUCGUAAUGAGGAAGUCGUUCCAGUUCUUCAACCCAUUAAUGAACCAACCUCAUCGACUGACGAAUUCGACAGUCCCGUAUUCUACGGUCCCGAUGGGCAAGUCAUGACACAGGAGGAGAACGAUUUCCUAGAAACGGCCGCCCCAGUCGCCUUCGAAGAUUACGAUGGAGAUGAAGGUGACCCCGACGAUCUGGUGGACGACGAAAACAUGACCCUGGAAAUCAAGCUGGCAUUCAAGGAAUUCAUAAGCGACCAUAAACGACAAAACUACUAGCCUGCUGUUCCGCCGCCAUUGACUGCAGCGCUGCUGUGCCCCAGCUGUUGACAAAAGGUCAAUCACGUGUGCGAAAAGGAAGCAGAUGUAGUAGCAACAGCGACCGCAGCCUAAAAAAAAACAACAUUCAGAUUUAGUAAGGAGUAUCCUAUUUUUAUCAAUAUUUAAUUUUAAGCUAAAUAUCGUUCCACGCGAGUGCCGCCCCUAGGUAGUCAUGGAAGAUUGGAAGCGCUGUCAGCCAAUUCAGCAUAAGGAAAUAGUAUCUGCAAUCGAGUAGAGUCAGUGAAGAAGAGCACAAUGUUUUACACCUAAUCCCGAAAAUUGGCUGUGCAAGCAUGAUGGCGUGCAAGAGAAUAAUCCUACUUAAAACUAGGCAGAAAGUGUAUCACACUUAAAGAUAGUUACAUAAAUCCAAUCAUCCACGCGAGUGAAGAGCAGGCCACUUCCAUAUCCAAUGAUCUUCAGUAAGUACAGCUCAGUUUUGUUCGCGUCUUUCCUCAUUUUGGGAGAAGUGAGCCAUCGUGAUUUUGCCAGCUUAGGCUUCAAUUGUGAAAAUGAAAUUAUAUACACUAAAAGAAAAAGAACUACCGAAGAAUAUCACGCAGAUGAGCGACUGAUUGCGUAGAUCGCUCCUCUGCGAUGAUGAAUUGUGUCACAGUUCAAUAAAAUCCGUAUGCCUAUCAAAAGCGCAGGAAGCUUCUAUCUGUUCCGAUUCUAGUUGUUUCACGUUAAACUAUUUAGGAUUGUGUUCCAAUUUCGAAUUGUUCUAAAUUCAAGAUACAACUUUGCAUGCUUAACCAUACAAAAGUAGUCAACAUUGCCGCCAUUUGUUUAGUAAGAUUUCCAGUGAUCAAUCACGAAGUUCAAAACGUCCUUGUUCGAAACCAAAAGACACGUGAAAGAUGCUGCUAGAGCAGUUGAAAAUAUGAAACCAACAGGACAGGUAGAGAGCAGAAAGCUUAUAACACUAGGCGAGCAACGACGAAUAAAAAUCUACAUUAAGCUUUUAGUAGCAACGGCUCUGGUUCGAGCCAACCUGUGUGAAAUCAAACAGACUACAGAAUACAGAUUCAAAUAAUGUUGCAAUGUUCACAGUGAUUCAGAACUGUUGAAAAUACACUGAGAAAAAAAAUAAUAAAAUGUUCAUCAAGAAUGAAA